GCUGACAAUUAUACUCACGGUUGAUUGGUGGACGUGUGUCACGUGACUCUUAAGUUUCGUGGUGACGUUCGCAGAGUUUAGUUGACACAGGAGAAAUCCAGGAACACAGGAAUGGGUCAGGAGGCAGGAAAGUCUGCGUGGCCCAGACCAGCAGGAGGAUACCAGACCAUCUCAGGCAGGAGGUACGGCCGGAGACACGCGUAUAUCAGCUUCCGGCCGCUUACGGAUAAACAAAGAGCCACAUCUGGUGUGGACUGCCAGAACAUGGAGAGGACGAGUAGUCAAAAGGAUCAGGCAGUGGCGUCAAAGGCCAGCAUUUCGUCAGUGCUUCAGACCAUCCUCCCGACACCAUGCACAAAUUCGGUGCGCUCGGAGUUAAACGCAGCUUCAAGUCAAGAGGGCCACAGCAAGAGGCAGUCAUCAUUGUUUAGAGUCCUAAAAGCACCCUCCAACCAUUUCAAGAGACCAAAGACUGAACGGGUAGUGCCAUACGACAAACAAUAUUGUUCUGGUAUAGAAAAAAGUGAUCGAGCUAGAGUCUGGCCCAUUAAUGAAGACCGCAAGCCCAACCCGGAAGCUCUGAGUUACAUCAACAUUGAUGCCUAUGAGCCUGACAGUAGCGGAGCUGAGGAGGACGACUUGAGUUUAAACCCGUCUCUGGCUGCACAGAAGAGACUUGAUGGUAUUUGUGAUUUGGGUGGAAAUGAAGAUUCGCUUGAUGAUUCACAUCCUGAUGUCUUUCCAAAAACAAGUAAACGUUCAGCGCAAACGGCACCUUCUAAAAACUCAACAGAACUUCGUUGUGAGGAACCAGAUUUUCAAAGAACUGUACAAGCAAAUAGGAACGUUGGUCAGUCGUUGGUUGGUGAAGACCAAGCUCUGAAUUGCCACGGGGUUACGGCCAGCGCUGGAGCCGUUUCCUAUAUAAGCACAGGAAAAACAAACCCUGAAGAAACAUUACAGUCCGAAAUGGUUGUGAGGCCAAAGAUCCGCAAACAGACGAGCGAGACCCACCUUGAAAGGAGGAAACGUUCAGAAAAAGAGGAAGUGAGCCAUUUGUCGGGCUCAGCGGAUAGAAACAAGUGUGGCUCGGCACCUCCGGGUUUCCUCGCACAAACAAGCCCUGAAAAUGAAUUCCUCUUUGAAUUUCCUCCCAUGACCUUGAGUGACCUCUACUCCAAGGAGAGUAAAAGUGUGAACGAUGAUAACACUAAAGUAGAUGAUGAUGAUGAUGACAAUAUCUGGGAAGAUCUAGAGAAAUUUGAGCCAUCUACAAAGGGUGAUGAAAGCAGCAGCUCAGAAUUCAGCGAGGGCGAGUGGUCGGCUUCGUGGACGUCCGACUCUGGGCUGGAGAAGGAGAGGUGCACAAGUGAAGAAAGCUGGGAGACUCUGCCUGGCAUGGAUGAGCCUCCUGGAAGCAGCAGCAGUCUGGAAGAAGUGCCUUCUCUCAACCUCGCUCUAGAAGAGCAGACCCCUCUGGAGGAGGGCGAGAUCCCCUGGCUCAUGUAUAAUGAAGACUCCGGCAGCAGCAGCGAUGAAGACCCUGAUGGUGUCAGUCAGUUUGUGCACCCUGGACUCUUUAUCCUGGAUGGAAACAAUAACCUGGAGGAUGAUUCUAGCAUGAGUGAAGAUCUGGACACAGAGUGGAGGUUCCUUGAUGAAUUUGGUGAUGGUUUUGGGAUGGCUCAGGCAAUCUCUUACGUGGAUCAUUCCCAGCUCCUCACUUAUAUGGCAUUAGAGGAGCGUCUCGCACAGGCUAUGGAGGCAGCACUGGCUCAUCUGGAGUCUUUAGCUAUAGAUGUGGAGCAGGCUCAUCCCCCCGCCACUGAACAGAUCAUCGACUGCCUACCACAGAUCACCGUGCAUGCCGAAAACAUUGAGCAGGAGCAGUGCUGUGCCAUCUGCUGUUGUGAAUACGUCAAAGAUGAGAUUGCAACCCUGCUUCCGUGCCGCCACAUGUUCCAUAAACUCUGUGUCACUCUCUGGCUCAGAAAGUCUGGCACGUGUCCAGUGUGUCGCCACGUUCUGACCCCGGAAGUGACCGAUCCCUCGUCUUUAAGCUCCGAACAAGAAACGCCACCAUCCGGUCACAGUGCGCCUGAGGGAACGUGUUGAACGGCAGUCACGCACCCAUCUAAACAAUCCCGCAGAGAAGUAUUUAAAUAAUAAAUAACCAGUCUCACUGAGAAAUUCCCAUCUUGAUAUUUCUUUGCUGGAAUGCAGCGGCCAGAUUCCAUUUAACCUAGCGACCUGUGCUGCAAUUCAUGGUCCAAACGUGGCGAACUAAAACUUAUUUUCUGAGAAAAUAUGAAUACGUAUAUAUUCAUAGGAAGCAUAUUUAUUCAUGUUUCAAUUAAACUGUUUUUGUACAUCAAGGCUAAACAUAAUAAGUACUUGUAUUUAACUUUUCACAUGUCGUGUCAAGUAAAACGUUCAAAUGCAAUCCCUCAAUAAAAGCUCACAUUUGGUUCAAA